UCUGUCAAAAAAGAAAAAAAAAGUUUAUUUAAAAGGCAGAGUAACCAAGAGAGAAGGGGACACACACACACACACACACACACACACACACACAGGUCUUCCAUCUGCUGGUUUGAUCCUCAAAUGGCCACAACAGCUGAGGCUAGGCCAGGCUAAAGCCAGGAGCUUCGUCCAGGUCUCCCAUGCGGGUGCAGGGCCCAAGCACUUCAGCCGUCUUCCACUGCUUCCCCAGGCCACAGCAGGGAGCUGGAUCGGGAGCGGAGCAGCCGGGCAUGAACUGGCGCCUGUAUGAGAUUCCUGUGUCACAGGUGGAGGCUUUACCGAUACACCGCAGCGCUGGCCCCAGUCUCAGCAGAUUUUUAAAAAAUUCUUUCCUGCGUCUAAAAUAUUUUCCCUUCUAUAGUGAAAUAUAUUACUUUUAAAACUCAGGAUUAGAAAACUGUACGGCGAGGAUCUGAGCCUUGAAUAUCUGUAGCUGGACAGAAGGGGGCGCUCACUCGGGCUGCUUCAGACGUCAGCUGCGUUCUGCUGGGGUGGCCCUGCAGCGGUUCAGACGCCCGCGUCCGGCAGCCCAGUGCCAGGGUGGGACCCAGGCUCCCUUCUCCUGCACAGCAGAGCGGCGACGGAGCCAUGUCACUCUUCUGGACUUCAUCCGCAGGGAGGCAGACGCGUUCACCGCUUGGACAAGUUGCCUUGGGCUUUUAGGAAUACGUUGGAAAGUACCAAGAGAGUCCUGUUGUGAAAUUCUUCCCAGCCUUUCACCAAAUGGCGGUCACUUCACAGUUUUACCCUUACAGGUUAAUGACAGAGGAUGCAAGUUAACCACACCGUCCAGGGCGUGCCGCAUGCUAACCAGGCACCCGCACCGUCCAGGGCGUGCCAUGCGCAAACCAGGCACCCGCACCGUCCAGGGCAUGCCGCGUGCUAACCAGGCACCCGCACCGUCCAGGGUAUGCCGUGCGCAAACCAGGCACCCGCACCAUCCAGGGCGUGCCGCGUGCUAACCAGGCACCCACACCGUCCAGGGCAUGCCGCGUGCUAACCAGGCACCAUUGUUCUUUGCUUCUUGCCAUGUUGUUUCUAACAGGUGCCUGAAAUGCUUGCCUUCUUUUGUUAGUGAAUGAAGUAUUUCGGGCAUUGGUAACUUUUUUGUUGGUGGUUAAAUGUCUUGCCUGGCCUUAAAGUCAUUGUUAAAAACACCCAGAACUGAUCUAGGAGCCAGCCCUCUGACGGCCCCAGGGGAGGUAUAUAUAAACGGUUCGCGCUGGCAGGACUUAGCCGACGUUCUCCUGUGUUAGGUAUUUUUUGAGUUCCCAGGACUUCACCCUUUCGCUCAGCACCCCCGGAGCAAGCCAGCCUUGUCCUGUCGCUACGGCCGGAGUAUCAGCAUUCCAAAGCUGGUCCCGGACUGGCGUGUUUAGGUUGUUGCUUUAAGGAGUGAGACUUGUUUGCAGCCUUCUGGUAAACCAGCUCCAACUAUGUCUAAUGAUUUUGUGAAAACCCACUCUUUUCUGGAUAAAAAUAAAAGCGUCUCCAUGGGAACACAGCCCCCCGAGCAGCCUCGUCAUUGAGAGGGAGCCUGCGCGUGAGCGGGUGAUUGCGUGGGCAGGCUUUUGUAGCCCUCCCAUUCUUCCAGGGAUUAGCCCUGCGCCAGCGGAUUUGUGGGCCUCAGCCUGGCCGCUGCUUCAGGCAUGCAUGGUAUUUCCCCCAUAACUCCCUCCCCCAAAAAAGCCUGCUUCCAGUUGCUCCAGAGAAACAUGGCCGCUUCUCCCUGGAGGAAACCCUCCGUCACCAACAGCUGCGCCUGCGCCUGCUGUUGCAUCACAGACCCCACAAAGCACGGUGCCUGCUGCUCUCCUACGCGCAGGGUUGCCUGUGGCCGCCCACCCCUUCCUGCCAGGUGUGUUCCACACUUGGGUCCGGGGUGGCAGGGCUCUCAGGGCUGUAUGGUUGGUGGCUCGCCCGAGGCUGGCCCGUGACGUGGGCUGAGAGCCCAGCUGGCCGGUGACACCGGUGUCCAUCCGUCGGGCCUUGUCCGUGUGGCCCGGGCCUCUCCCAGCACGAGGGCUGAGGUCCGGGUGCUUCUUGCCUAAAGUGGUUUGGGCGCGCUGCUCUGAUUCUGUUCUGCAGAACAGCCUCGGGGCCUGCCAAGACGCAGGGCGGGAGGACGAGGGACCCCGCCUCGGGACGGGAGCCGCAGAGGUGCGUCCUGAGGGGCUCAGGUGCCGGGGGCGGAGGCAGCGCCCGGGAACCACAUCUGCUGUGGCUCACGCAGGCGUCCGGGGAGGAGCCCCACUGGCCGGGAGCUGGGACUGGGCCCUUGGACCUAAUUUCCGCUCCAGAGGAAGAGCUCACGGCCACUUCCGUCUCCCACCGUGUCCCUGGAACGCCGUCGUCAGCACAGCCGCCCCGCUGGCAGAACGUGCUCAAAAUCCCCGAAACAGAACCGCGUGUGUUCACGAGGGGACAGGUGGCGCGCGCCCGAGCACGGGUCCUGAGCCCUCGUCUGUCGUCUGUCGGGAGAAGUGGCCUUGCUCCCCGGGCGGCUCAGAAGAUCCCGGCGACAGUGCCCUUGCUCUCCGCUCCGUUUCUCGGCUUCUGCCUGUUGUGCGCCAGUUUCUAGAAGGUUCCAGCUGUGAGUUCUUGGCGGCUAAGGUUUGGCUACUGUGUUUGUCAGCCACACAGUGUUUCUAAUAAGGUCUCCGGUCAAUUGCUCGUUCGGGUCUUUGUAAUUAUACGUGCGGUUAAUCAGCACUGACAGUUUUUCAGUCUCUGACGUAAGUUUGCUGAUGGAGUGGCUGACGUUGGAUUGCUGAGUUCACAGUGGAGGAUCCCCGGGCUUAGCUUCUAAUUUUCGAGUUUCAGUUGGCUCGUGCUCCUGGAAUCUGAGGAAGAACAAACAGCAGCGCUUGUCCUGAGAGAGAAAUGCAGACUGAACCGGCGCUUGCCGCCUCUUGGUGGUGAGGGAGGCGAUUGUCUGUCUGUAGGCAGCCUGGUGUCUCAAGAGCCUGCUAAUUAGCUCGGUGUUGGCGCCGCGCGGCACCCCCGGUAGCUGUGUAAUUAAAAUGAGCCCUGAGCACACAGCGCCUCGCGUCGCGGCUCCCUUGGAGGGCGGCGUCAUGGACAGCUUUCCGACAGUGGCCCCUCGGCCCGGGCGCUCCGAGUGCAGUGAAGAGGCCUGUCCGCCCUGCGCAUCUUUUGUGCUGUGUUUUCUGAGAUCCUUUAAGUGAGAAACAUUCCUACCUUCUCCAGAGUAAAGCUGGGGUUUCAGGAGCCGGGCUCGGGGCACAGCGGAGACCGCCCGCCACGCCGGCAUCCCCGCGAGCGCCGGUUCAGGUCUCUGCACUUCUGAUCAGACUCCUAAGUGCGCCUGGGAGAGCAGCAGAAGCCGGCCCGAGUGCCUGGGCUCCUGCACCCACGUGAGACCAGGAGCCCCCGGCUCAGCCAUUGCAGGUGUGUGGGGAGUGACCUGCCACAUGGAAGAUCUCUCUCUCUGCCCUCCCUCUCCCUCUCCCACUCUGUCUCUCCAAUAAGUCGUUUCUAAAAAUCCUGUUUCCAAAGGGGAAAAAAGUUCUCUAUGUGGCUGGAGCGCUCAGUGAUUUUUCACUGAAGAGAAUACAGAAACAUCCUGUGUAAGUGGACCAGGAGUUUGACUUUCCUGCCUUCUUUCUUUUUUUUUUUUUUAAAGAUUUGUUUGUUUGAAAGAGCCACAAAGAGAGGUCUUCUGUCUGCUGGUUCAGUCCACAAAUGACUGCAAUGGCCAGGGCUGGGCCAGGCCGAAUCCAGGAGCCAGGAGCUCCAUCCUGGUCUCCCACGUGGGUGGCGGGGGCCCAAGCACUUGGGCCAUCUUCUGCUGCCUUCCCAGGUGCGUUAGCUGGCAGCUGGAUCAGAAGAAGAGCAGCUGGGACUCGAACCAGUGCUCUGAUGUGGGAUGCCGGCUUCUCAACAGCGGCCAAAUCCACUGUGCCGCAGUGCCGGCCGCUGGUCUAACUUUGUUAAUUUCACUUUUGAGGGGCCAGUGCUGUGGUGUAGCGGGUUAACACCCUGGCCUGAAGCGCCGGCAUCCCACAUGGGCACCAGUUCGAGUCUCGGCUGCUCCUCUUCCCAUGCAGCUCUCUGCUGUGGCCUGGGAAAGCAGUAGAAGAUGGCCCAAGUCCUUGGGCCCCUGCACCCGCAUGGGAGACCCAGAAGAAGCUCCUGGCUCCUGGCUUCGGAUCAGCGCAGCUCCAGCCAUGCGGCCAUCUGAGGAGUGAACCAAUGGAUAGAUGGCACCUGUAUGCUCUCUCUCUCUCUCUCUGCCUCUCCUCUCUCUGUGUAACUCUGACUUUCAAAUAAAUAAAAUAAAUCUUUAUAAAAAAAAUUUCACUUUUGAGCAAAAUCCCGGGAGUGCCGUGAAGUCUGGCACUGGUGUGAUACGGCCCGGAACCAUCUAGAACCUCAGAAGGGUUCAUGCGUUCACCGCCCCUUGGUGCCCUGCUGGCCUCGGUGGGUGUGUUAGAGACCCCCGAGGCCUGUCAAGGGGCAGAGCGGCCGUGGGCAGGCUGUCCCCAGGGCUGUACAAGGUGCCUCCUGAGCAAACCGACGGCCCUGCAGCCCCCCAACCCCAACUCGGUGCAUCGGGAACUUGGUGGGGCGGCCCCUUUAUGCCAUCGCUUAGCUGACCUCCGACAGGCACCCAGCUGCAGGUCUGCACAGCCGACAGGAGAGGGCGUGCCUUCACCACGUGACUGUUGGGGCCGCGGCUGUGCCUGGAGCCAGGGAGGCGGCCGUGGACAGGAUCACGGUCUUGCCUUUGAGAAACCACAGGCUGGCGAAGCAGCCUAAAAUACCCGGGCCCUGCGGACUCACGGCGCCUCCUGUCGGCACGGGCAGCAGGCAAGGGAAGGGUUCAUUGUGCUGCUGGAGGCGUGAGACAGCAGAGCCUCGGGGGGUGAAGGCAGCCCCCAGGAAGAUGCGGCUAGAGUGUGUAGGAGGCGUGGCCCCGGUGGGCGGCUGUGUGACAGGUGCUGGAACUUGGUGGGGACGGCUGCUGGGGGGUCCCUGGGCCAUCGGGGACACGGCCCUCCAGGGGGGUCCGUGCAUUCUCAGAAGAGGCUGUUAGGAAGAGCCAGCCCGGCCCCGCCCCUCCCCCGUUCCCCGUGCUCCUGCCACCUGCCCUGCAGCCCUCAAGGGCCGAGCUGAUGCUGGUGCCGUGCCCUGCGCCUCCCGACCUGGGGCCAAAUACACCCCUGUUCGUUCUGAAGAGACCACAGAGUCUGCCUGCGGCAGCGGACGACAGACCAAGCAGCGGUGGUGGGGGCCGGGGACGUCUCCGCAGAACUCCCGGGUCUGCAGGAAAGGCAGGAGCACGGACCAGGCGCUGCGACGGCGACAAAGCUCCUGGCCGCGAGCUGAGACCCGGGCUCACCAGCUGUCUCUGGGUCUGCCGAGGACCUCGUCCUCAGCACUGUCCACGCUGCUGUCCCCCUCGCCCAUGCCACUGUCCCCCUCGCCUGUGCCGCUGUCCACCACGCUGCUGUCCCUCGCCCACGCCGCUGUCCCUCUCAUCCACGCCGCUGUCCCCCUUGCCCACACCUCUGUCUCCCUCACCCACGCCACUGUCCCUCUCAUCCAUGCUGCUGUCUCCCACGCCCAUGCCGCUGUCUCCCUCGUCCACGCCACUGUCCCUCUCAUCCACGCCGCUGUCUCCCACGCCCACGCCGCUGUCCCCCUCACCACGCCGCUGUCUCCCACGCCCACGCCACUGUCUUCCUCAUCCACGCCGCUGUCCCCCUUGCCCACUCCUCUGUCUCCCUCACCCACGCCACUGUCCCUCUCAUCCACGCCGCUGUCUCCCACGCCCACGCCGCUGUCCCCCUCACCACGCCGCUGUCUCCCACGCCCACGCCACUGUCUUCCUCAUCCACGCCGCUGUCCCCCUUGCCCACUCCUCUGUCUCCCUCACCCACGCCACUGUCCCUCUCAUCCACGCCGCUGUCUCCCACGCCCAUGCCGCCAUCUUCCUCGUUCACGCCACUGUCCCCCUCACCACACCGCUGUCUUCCUCGUCCACGCCGCUGUCCCCCUUGCCCACGCCACUGUCUUCCUCAUCCAUGCUACUGUCCCCCUUGCCCACACCUCUGUCUCCCUCACCCACGCCACUGUCCCUCUCAUCCACGCUGCUGUCUCCCACGCCCAUGCCGCUGUCUCCCUCGUCCACGCCGCUGUCCCCCACGCCCAUGCUGCUGUCCCCCUUGCCCACACCGCUGUCCCCCACACCACUGUCCCCCUCACCCACACCUCUGUCUCCCUCAUCCACACCGCUGUCCCCCACACCACUGUCCCCCUCACCCACACCUCUGUCUCCCUCAUCCACACCGCUGUCCCCCACGCCCACACCGCUGUCUCCCACACCGCUGUCCCCCUCGUCCAUGCCACUGUCCCCCUCGCCCAUGCCUCAUCCGUUCAUCCUCCUCGUCCCCGUUGCCCCUCUGGUCUCAGCAGUCCCAUCAGCUGUGUCCAGGUGGGCUCCUGGGCGUCUCCUGUUGGCCACUGCUGGCUGUUCUGUACUUCCUGUGUGACUUUGGAGCGUGUGCCACGUGGAAGCCGACUGUGAGCACCUGCGCGCGCCUGUUUCGUGGUCACCCCUGGACUCGUCUCCCCCCCCCAGCCUGUGUCCCUGGUCUCCGCGGUGGGAACCCUCGCCGGCGCUGUCCCGAGUCCCCAACUCCUCAGCUAACACCUGCUGCCUGCCAGGCCCCACCGCCCCUCUCCGAUCCGCUCAGGAGUUCUGGUUCCCUCCACCGGGCUCGGCGUCCUCCAUGAACCUGCUGUGGCAGGGAUGGGGCUCUCAGGCCACCUGCCCCUCAGAGCCUCACCCUGGGAGGUGGGUGCUCGUGUUUCCUGCUCCCGGGCAGCAGAUCCGGUGAGGGAAGGCAGGAGCCCUGGGGGUCCUUGGCAGCCAUGCCGAGGUUGGCUUCGGAACGAGACGGGAUCUCAGUUUCGAUUUCCAUGUUGUGGAUGAGAGGUGCGUGGAGUUCAGGAGGCGGAAGGUGGCAGAGCUGAGCCUGAAAUCGGGCGGAGAAGCCCCGGGUCCCCAGGCAGCGUCCGUGCCGCGCCUCCUUCUGCAGCGAUGUCGGGCACCGGGAGAAAGACCCCCCAAGCCGCGAUCUCUCGCACGUCCGGCUGGUUUUUUUUUAUGAGGGACUUAUGCAGUGUCCUGAAGUUUUCUUCUUUCCUUUUCUGAAGUAUGUAUGCACUUACUUGAAAGGCAGAGUGACAGAGCGAGGUCUUCCCUCUGCUGGUUUACUCUCCACAUGACUGUGAGGGCCAGGAGCCGGGAACUCCAUCUGGGUCUCCCACGUGGGUGCAGGGCCCACGCACUUGGGGCAUCCUCUGCUGCCUUCCCAGGCCACAGCAGGGAGCUGGGUGGGAGCAGAGCAGCUGGCCCUGGAGCCGGCGCCCUGGCACGGAGCACCAGCACCACAGGGGGCAUCUUAGCCCUCCGCCCCGUUUUCCUCUACUCCCUGGGUGUUCGGCAAGUGUGUGUGGAACAUCAGUGUGUCACGCAUGUGCACAUCUGUGCAUCACAGACUGUCCUAGGCGUUAGGUGGACAGAGGGACAGGACCCCUCCCUUCGAGGGUUCCCCACUCAGCAGGGGCGCGGAUGCAGGAUCCUCUGCAGUGCACUGAAGUGGGAGAGGGCGGGGCUGGCGGCCAGCGGCUGCACAGAGAUGGGGGAGGGGCAGAGUCCCAGGUGGGGAGCAGUCCAAGGUGGUGGCAGCGGAGGGGAGCGCAGGGUGGGGGUGCUGAUGUCCCGGUGUUAUCCUGGCCAUGGGGAGCCCUGAGAAUGUGUGACAGGUGCGGGCCAGCAGCUCCCCGUUGGGGGCCGUCACAUGUAGCGCUGCUGUCUCUUCGUGAGAGUCAGUCGCAACACUGCAAGUGCAGCCGUGCGUUCUGAGAGCCGUGCCGUCGGUGACUGAGUGAGCGUCACGGCCGGGGUGGCCGGUUCCGGGGUUGACCAGCUGUUGCCGCUGGCACGUGCCUGUCCGCGUGUGGCCCUGUGAGCGUGGUUUCUGAGCCGUAUGAUGUGCUGAGGUUUUGACAGGCUGCAGGUGCGUCCUCGAGGUUGGCAGAUUUUAGUGUCGGGGCCACAGUAGAUUCUGGUCUGGUUUGGGGGCAGGCUGGCUGCACUGAGUUCUGUGAGCAGCUCUGACGUGUCUCCCUGGUGCUGCCACACGCAGUGCCGACGCCGCCUUCCUGGCUUCGCUCCGGGUGUGCACCAUUUUUUAACCAUGUAAAGGCGUUAUCAGCGCAAUCUGCCAAUUUUAAAAUAACUUUUAAAACUCCGUCAUGUAUUCGAAAGCCGGUGCUAAGUAAUCGCCAUAAAUCCCCUCGUGAAAUCUUGGUGAUCGUGGCGUGGGGGGCCAUCCAGCUUCCGGAAGCCGCGUGGUGGGGCCGUGUGCCUCCUGCGACGGUGGGUCCCCGCGAUGCUGGUGGCCGCUGGCGGCUCUGCCCAGGCGCAGGUGGAACAGAAGUGCCCCGCCCUCCCUGCCACAACCUGAAACAGUUUCCCCUCAGGAAAGCCUCGUUUUUGUUCCUUUUUUUCCACUCAACGGCUUUGAGACCUGGGCUCCCCCUCACCCCGAGAGCUUCCAUCGGCAGCCUGGCCGCUGACCCUGGCCUGUGCCGGCCGGCAGUCGUGACCUGGCCGUGCUUGGGGCGUGCCCGGGACUGUGCCCUGACAGCCCCCGCGGGUGGCCACACCUGCCCGAGACCUGCUCUCAGCCUGGUGCUCCCCGACACUGAGAGCCCGAGGCGGGGCCGUGUAGUGCAACCCACGAGAGGCCUGGGCCAGCCGUUCUUCUUUUUUAAAAGGCUUAUUUGUUUAUUUAUUUGAAAGGCAGAAUUACAGACAAAGAGGGAGAGACAGAGAGAGGUCUUCCAUCUGCUGGUUCACUCCCCAGAUGGCCAGAGCUGGGCCGAUCUGAAGCCAGGAGCCAGGAGCUUUUUCCGGGUCUCCCACACGGGUGCAGGGGCCCAAGCACUUGGGCCAUCAUCCACUGCUUUCCCAGGCCAGAGCAGAGCUGGAUUGGAAGUGGAGCAGCUGGGACAUGAACCAGCACCCAUUUGGCUUAACCCAUUGUGCCAUGGCGCCGGCCCCUGACCGUUUCUUGUGUGUGAUGAGCACAGGGUCUCAUGAGGGCCCCGUGGAGCUCCCUGUCCCUGCUGGCUUUGGGGGGAAGGCGCGCAAGGGCAGCACCUUCGUCUUCCUCUGGGGACUGGGGCCGCGUGGACUGGGGCACGGAGUCACGUGCUCAGGAGCGUCCACACUCAGGCAGGCAGGCAGGCGCAGGCGUCCCCGAGGCCGGCUGCCCCUUCAGCUCUUAAGCACAGCCCUCCCGAGUGUGCAGGCGGCGGGGGUGAGCCAGCACCCUGCUUCCAGGCCUGCUCCCCCUCCACGCAGGCCCGGCCCUCGGUCAUCGGGGCGGUCAGCCCAGGAUCGCUGCGGCUUCCCGGGAGGGCCCUCAGCGUAGCCGCUGGCAGCUGCCGACAGAUCUCGCUGCACAUCCUGCCAGCCGUGCGAGAUGCGCUGCUUCCUCCCUGUAACCUCCAGUCGGAACGCUGUGUUCCUUCCCACCGCCAAGGGCUUCCCGGGCCUUCACUCAGCCCUUGCGGGACCAGGAAGCCUCCGCACUCACAUCCCCAGCAGAGGGCGCUCUGGUCCCGGGACCAGGGCAUCACUGUCCACUCGGAAUGGGGACGACGGGGAGGAAGGAGCCAGCCUUUAGCAGAUGUUACGACUGUUUAGUGGUGGGACGUUGCAGAUGGGGGGCUGGCCAGUGUGCUGGGACCCUGAGCUCGGCCACGUGGGAGACGUCUCCUCUCCCCCUGCUGGGAAAGGCGGCAGAGUCAGGGAGGGCAGCUCCACACAGAGGCUGUCGCACGCUGCCGAUGGCAAGAUGGACACGGCUGACCUUUGGGGAGAAGGUCAAGGUCACGCCGCAGACCCCCGAGCUCCUCCCAGUCCCGCUGCUGAGGCUGCCACCCCCGCUGCCGACGCUCGCGCCUGACCCCAGAGCACACGGCCCUCGCCGUGGGGCCAGUGCCAGGCUCUCUGCUCACACCCACGUGCCUGGGAGAGCUCCGUGACCGUUGCGUUGUCACUUACUCCCGGCGUGCCGACUGAGGAAUCAGCGGCUUAACGGCCGUGCCAGCCCUCACCGCUGUCGCGCUUGGCAGUGCAGGGACCGGGCAUCAGCGGUGGCCGCUCUGUCUUGGUUCGGGGCCUGGAUGUUCCGGAAACGCUUUCUAGAAUCUGCCUGCUUCGAGCUGCCUGCCUCUGCAGCAGGAGGUUUACUCUCCUAAAAAUGCUGGUUAACCUGCUGCUAGACAGUCAGUAGAUGUCAGCGAGAAAACCACUUAUCAUUGACACACGACUCACGCUGGUGUCCUUGCCCGGGGACCCGGGCUAUGGGGUGUGCGCUGAGCCUGGUGGCUGUAGGACAGGGCUGUGGGGUAGAGCUGUGUGGCUGUAGGACAGGGCUGUGGGGUACAGCUGUGUGGCUGUAGGUAGGGCAGGGCUGUGGGGUCUGAGCUGUGUGGCUGUAGGACAGGGCUGUGGGAUCUGAGCUGUGUGGCUGCGGGACAGGGCUGUGGGGUCUGAGCUGUGUGGCUGUAGGUAGGGCAGGGCUGUGGGGUCUGAGCUGUGUGGCUGUAGGACAGGGCUGUGGGAUCUGAGCUGUGUGGCUGCGGGACAGGGCUGUGGGGUCUGAGCUGUGUGGCUGUGGGACAGGGCUUUGGGGUCUGAGCUGUAUGGCUGUGGGACAAGGCUGUGGGGUAGAGCUGUGUGGCUGUAGGUAGGACAAGGCUAUGGGGUCUGAGCUGUAUGGCUGUGGGACAAGGCUGUGGGGUCUGAGCUGUGUGGCUGUAGGACAGGGCUUUGGGGUCUGAGCUGUGUGGCUGUGGGACAGGGCUGUGGGGUAGAGCUGUGUGGCUGUAGGGCAGGGCUGUGGGGUCUGAGCUGUAUGGCUGUGGGACAGGGCUGUGGGGUAGAGCUGUGUGGCUGUAGGGCAGGGCUGUGGGGUCUGAGCUGUGUGGCUGUGGGACAGGGCUGUGGGGUAGAGCUGUGUGGCUGUAGGUAGGACAGGGCUGUGGGGUAGAGCUGUGUGGCUGUAGGUAGGACAGGGCUGUGGGGUCUGAGCUGUGUGGCUGUAGGUAGGGCAGGGCUGUGGGGUCUGAGCUGUGUGGCUGUGGGACAGGGCUGUGGGGUGCGGGCGAAGCUCUGUGAAUUCCUCCGGUGAGCAGAACAGGUUUUGUUCUUUCAAAUGUGCAGUUUCCAGUCUCUUUAUAAUUUUGUAUCAAAGAGAAAAUAUUUUGGUGCAGAGCUGUUUCCUCUCACCAGGAGCUGGAGCCACGUGAGGACUCCGCGCACGUCCGAUGCGAUUGGCGUCCGAGGUGCUGUCUCAGUUAGGUUCUGCACUUUAGGAAAUCAGCCAUUUCCUUCUCGUCUGACCAGUCUCUGCCUGUUCCUGUUUUGUUAAUUUUGUUUCACAAGUUCAGAGGGGUCACCAUGGAGAUCUGCUCCCUGUGUUCAGGUCCAGGAUCACAGCUCCUGUUCACGUCCCCUCGUGGGGUCCUUCUGCCCCACUAAAACCUCGCAGUGUUCCGUGUCCUUUUGAGAACGUCACCCGCAUGCAGACGUGACUGCCGGUUGUUGCUUUAUAAAGUCAGUUGUGCGGUGGAAGUCGAAGCUGAGAUGGGGAGUCUUGGAGGUGGUCGACGCCUCGCAUGUGGUGGGGAGCCCCUUGUUCCAGCCAGGCCCCUCUCCACAUGGCUGAUGAAGCGAUGCCUGGUGGGUAGGAGCAGUCGGUGAGUGGCACCGGGCGCCACCGUGCACCUGCAGCUCAGCGGACUCGCUUGCCUGUCAACCCCUGUGGCGCUGGUGAGGCGUAGGGGGACCGGAGCGCUCACUUCUGUGCGCCCCCUCUUGGGCAAGCAGACCCUUCAGAGGGGAUCCCCUCUGUGCCAAGACCCUGCCUCGCGCGGCGUGUCAGUCAUCCGUCACCAAGCUACAAGUACCACACAACACAGCUGCUUAAAAUGGCGGGCUCUUCCCUCCCGAGGCUCCCGAGUUCAGGCGUCAGCGGGGCAGGGCGGGGGCGCUGGGGCCCAGGGUCGGGCUCACGUGUGCUCACGUGGCUGCUGGGAGGCCUGCCAUGCGUGGCAGGGGCGGGGAGGUGGCCUUUGUGGCACAGCUGCUCCCAGAGCGCCAAGAGACAAGCUGCUGUCUUUGAUCCUGGAGGUGGACCCCCUGGUCUCCACCAUAGAUGUGGGUCCUACAGGUCAACCCUGGGAAGCGUGGGAAGGGACCCCACGCGGUGUGAACACAGAAGCCGGGAGCCUGGCGCAGCGUGCCGGCCGCCCACCUGCCAGUCGGGAGCUCUCUGAAAGCAGCCCCGAGCUGUCACCCGCCGAGUGGCCGGCCGUGCUGCGCGGGGGCCCACGGAACACGCAGGAAGACGCCUUUGUUCUGCUAAGUAGGGAAAGGAUGUGGCAGGACACGUUGUGCAGCUGGAUGCCUUUUAUCCAGGAAACAUGUCAAAGCCGUUCCUGUGAUCGUAAUCCCGCACGCGCUUGUCCCGUCCAGCGUGGAACUGGCCGGCUGCCUGCCUCCCAUCUGUCUCCCCCCUCCGCCUCCCCGGUGGGGGAGUUCCACAGAUUCAGGAUCACGACCCCUGGAUCUGCCUUUGCGCAGCGACCCUGCCUGGCCCGUGGGCCUCAGCCCGGCCUGACACGGUCCCGGUGGUCCCUGCCCGGUGGUCCCUGCCCGAGGACGCUCUGCUGGGGCUCAGCUUCCGACGGUGGCUGGGCUCCCUGUCCGCAGCCUGGUCACAGAGUCACCGCGCGGCUGCAGCCACCGCACCAGGAUUUCCGUUUCGUCGGCUUUUGCCAAUCCCAGGACACCUGGUGUACCCAGAUCCUGGCUGCAGGUCCCCUCCCAGCUUGCAGCCCGUCUCUCAGGACUCGGCUGUAGUAGGCUUUGGGGGCCCUGGGGCCCGACUCUGCCCUGGUCUGGAAGCCGCUCGGUCCUCCCAGCCCCAGCGCGAGGCGCUGCGGUGAGAACCCCGCUCCACGCUAGGAAGUAAGCAGUGUGUCUGUUGCCGGGCCUCGUGUAUUCAGUGAGCUUGAGGAGGCCUGCGGGGUCCCUGCGCCGGGCCCCUCACCUCGGGCGCUGCUUAGUGGUGUCGCCUCCGUCCUGUUCAUCCUUUACACAAGUCAGCGUUCGGCCUCGGCCUGUGCUGGGUGCCACCCCUGGCAUGGGAGCUGCGGCUGUGAGCGCCGAGGGGUCUGACCCCUCUGGGUGACGCACUCGUGAGGAGCAGGUGCAGCGUGAACAGGCCAUGCCUGCCUCAGGUGGGCAGGCUGACGUUACGUGGUCGGCUAUUUAUCGCCUUUGUGUAAGCGAGGAGAAGCCGCCCCCCUGGGUGGGCAGAUCAGGGCAGCCCCAGGGGUGUGCUAAACCGCGGGCACCCAGCUUGGCAAACCCACGGAGCCUCCUCGUUCGCACAAAGGAUUCCGCUUUUCUGUUGGAGACAGCCCAGCUCCAGGGCACCUCACUGAGCCAGCAGCACGGCCUCCCUCUCGGACCUGGACCCUUACUUGGAACACUGCCCCACUGGAUGCCCGUCCUGAGCCCUGACCAGUCCGGAGGGAACGGCAGGGGGAUCGGUGCUGGCUGGGGUCGGGAUCGGGGUCGGGACAGCGGGGGAGACAGUCCCGAGCCUUCCCAGUGGGGGAAGCUGCACACUGAGAUGCCAAAGCACGAGUGUGCCUGGGACGUCCCAGGAACUGGGUGCAGAGAGGAGGGAGGGCACCAGCGGCUGAGGAAGCCGGGGCAGCCGGGGCAGCCGGAGAGGCCCCUGGGGUGGGUGGGAAGGACUGGGCGGAGCGGAGCUGAGCUGGCCCUGCGGCCGCGUCCCCUCCGCCCAUCAGCGUCUGAGCUGUUCUUUCCCGUCCUCACGUGCGGUUGUUCUGUGCCCAUUCAGCGUGUGCCCGUGAUCCAUGCACACAUUUUUUUCUCUCUCUGCAGAAAUGGCACAGGUGUCCAGGCGAGUUCUGGGUUUUCUGCUGGGAACGGGUUUCUGAUAACCACUAGGAGGAAAGGUCCCCACAGCCAGUGCACGCGCACACACACGCGCACAUGCGCUCCCGGCCAGAGCCCGUGCUCGGUCCUGACCAGCUGGAGGAACCGUGGAGUGGAGGAGAGCGGCGAGGCCCAGGUCGGGCGGGCGAGAGUCCAGAGCGUGCCGACACCUGCCCCGUGGACGCGGCGUUCCUGUCUGUAAAAGCCGGGCAGGAGCGGGCCAGCAGCAGGUCCGAGGUGCAGCAGGCGGGCAGGGAAGAGCCAGCCACUAGAAGGUUCCCGAGAAUUCCCGAACGCUGCCGGGUGCCGAGGAGACAGGCGCCCGGCGGUGGUGACGCCUCACGUUUCCCACUGAGCUGGGGGGCUGGGAGAGCACACAUGUGCCAUGCCCUAGAAGCCGACACCCCGUGGUGCCCGGCGAGCUGGUGCCCGGCAGGUACUGGGUCAUUUUGGAGAGCUGCUCAGGUUUGCAGCGUCCAGAGUCUGUGUUGUUUUUUGCAAACCUACAGUGGAAGCCUUGCAUGUUAGCCUGUCGGAGGGAUGCAGACGGCUCAGACCUCCAGUAACGUCUCUCCCUGAUGUUCGCAAAACCACGCUGGUUUUGUAGGCGCCAGAGGAACGGGCAGAUCGAGGUCUUGCUAAGGAAAUGCGUGCUUUUCCUCGUCCUCUGUUAGAGCAACUCCCCCCGCCUCGGAAAAUCAAGCGAGCUGGAAGAGUCGAUGUUGGGUGUCUGGCUUGGGGUGGGGGGGUCCUCCUCCCGGCCCUGGACCCCAAGACUGCGGACCUAAGGCCUGAGCCCCCAGACCAGCUCUGAAAGGCGCCCUGUGAAAUGAUUCCUCCCCUCCCUUGACUGCGUCUCUGCUGCGGGGUGACUGAGACGGCCUGGCGUUGCCCGUCUGGGAGGAUGUUAGGGACGGCGUCACUCGAGCCCGUUUUCUGUGUGCCAGCGAUGCUCCCUGCUGUGCCUGAGGGCUUUUUGGGAGCUGUGCGUCGUCCUGACUGUUCUGCGCUGCCUGAGCGCCCGUGCUGGCGGCACCGUGAGAGGCGUUGUGCCCCGAGGGCUGCGUGCCAGCCUUUGGCCCACAGCCCUGUCCCUGGGAUACGUUCCUGGUGGCACGUCUGCCUAGCCCGAGGUCCAGCCGCCUGUGCUUGAUGGAGCUCAUGUAUGUUUUUUUUUUAAUUUUUAUUUAUUUAUUUAUUUUUUUUGACAGGCAGAGUAGACAGUGAGAGAGAGACAGAGAAAGGUCUUCCUUUGCCGUUGGUUCACCCUCCAAUGACCACCACGGCUGGCGCACUGUGGCCGGCGCACCGCACUGAUCCGAUGGCAGGAGCCAGGUGCUUCUCCUGGUCUCCCAUGGGGUGCAGGGCCCAAGCACUUGGGCCAUCCUCCACUGCACUCCCUGGCCACAGCAGAGAGCUGGCCUGGAAGAGGGGCAACCAGGACAGA